AUGUCCUCCCUUGCAGAUGCGUUGCGCAAUGGAUACGUACAUGAGCAUGUCGACCAGGUUCUUAGAGUCAUCGGGUCUCUCAAUGUUCGCUUGCUCUACCUCACGGCGAGGCCGAUCAGCCUGACCAUGAGGACGAAGACCUUUCUCGAUCAUAUCGGAGCUCCGGAAGGUGCCGUGAUCACAAUGCCACAUCCUGUUGUUCGAUCGCUUGGAACGGGCCAUGAAGACUUCAAGGUCUCCGUUCUACUCCAGGUGCGCGAUGCCUUCCUGGAUGCGAGCCCCUUCGUGGCCGGGUUUGGCAACCAGACUUCGGACGUACAGGCUUACCUGGCGGGAGGGGUUCCAAGGUCGAGAAUCUUCAUAGUAGACAAGACUUCCAAGAUUCGUACGCCAGCGGGGCAGCACGAGUUCUCUUCCUACCUAGAUCUCAGCGAGUGCUUGCCGGAGCUCUUCCGAGACGAGCGAGAGAGGAGAAAAGCUGCAGCAGCAACGUCGGCAAGGGCGGAGGAAGGAAAGCAGGAGGAGAGUGAACGAGUCGAGGGGGAAGAGGAGGCUGAGGGGGACAGCCGCGAAAGCGUUGGGCGGGAAAGGGGAGGGGAAGGAGGAAGAGGGGAGGGAGAAAGCGAAGGGGGCAAAAGCGAGAUGUGA